AUGUCCGGCCGCAUCAUCGACAUGCGCAAGGCCCUGCGCGCCAAGCUCGAGGCCCUCGGCACCCCCGGCACCUGGCACCACAUCACCGACCAGAUUGGCAUGUUCAGCUUCACCGGCCUGUCCGAGGCCCAGGUCCUCAAGCUGCGCGACGACGCGCACGUCUACAUGACCAAGAACGGCCGCAUCAGCAUGGCCGGCCUCAACACGAGGAAUAUCGACUACUUUGCCGAGGCCGUCGACAAGGUCGUCCGGGCGUCGUCGUAG